AUGGCUGGAAAUAGAGGUCGAGGAAGACCAAGGGGGCGAGGUAGAGGGAGGAGUCAGUUUCAGGGAAGGGGACGAACUGAAAUACAUUCUAAGCAGGAAGAAUCACACUCUGGGAAUGCUCAGGGAGGAACGGCACACCUCGGCCAGACAAUCGAGCCCACUUACGGUGAAGACCAACAAGCCCAUAAUAGUGAAGAUACUCUUACAGAUGAGCUUGUAGACAAUGAAUCAGGCCCUCAAGAGAUACAAAGUGAGGAAGAGCCCAAUAGCGUGGAAAUCGAGUCUCAUGAUAACCAAUUUGAUUUCAUGAAUGAGUAUAUUCAAGGUGGCGAGCCUCAAGCUUCUCGGAAUUGGUAUUACAAGUUCACCACCUUCCUUUCGAACCUAAAUUUCUGUCGAUCCAAGGAUGAUCAUUCCUUGUUCAUGUAUGGGAAAGAAGAAUUCUUUUUUGCCAUCUUAAUCUAUGUGGACGACAUCAUCAUAGUUGGAAAUAAAUUUGAACGGAUCCAAGACACCAAAACGCAACUUGACGAAGCAUUCAACAUCAAAGAUCUUGGUCCUUUAAAAUACUUCCUUGGGAUUGAAGUAGCAAAAACAUCUAAUGGGUUGGUUCUGAGUCAAAGGAAAUAUAUCCUGGACAUCCUUAAAGAUAGUGGAAUGAUGGGAUGCAGACCAAGUCCCUUCCCCAUCGAACAAAAUUUAAACCUAGACAAAGGAGAGAAUGAGACUCAAGUUGAUGAUGGCCAUAAUCAACUAGUUGGUCGGUUACUUUACCUCCAAGCUACACGUCCCGACAUCACGUAUGCUGUCAACAUCCUGAGUCAAUUUGUUGCUGACCCAUGCCGUAAUCAUAUGGAAGCUGUGAAUCGUGUCUUAAUAUACUUAAAAGGUAUACCAGGACAAGGGAUCCUUCUCCCUCGAGCCGAAGAGCCGGUUCUAACUGCCUUUUGCGACUCAGAUUGUCUUGGAUGCCCUUAUAUGAGACGCUAA